CUCUCCCUCUGUUUCAUCAAGUAGAUUAGAAUGGAGGUGUGGCAUUUGUGGUCUAUGAUCGUUGGUGUCGUUGGAGUUGUUUGCUUCUCGGCGUAUAACAGCAUGUGGUUGAGUUCGGAAAGGGUGAGGAGGAAGCUGUGGGUGCAGGGCAUCAAAGGUCCAUCACCUUCUUUCAUUUACGGCAACCUUCCGGAGAUGCAGAAGAUCCAAUCCCAAGCACUCGCAUCCACUUCUGAUAAUGCCGAUGAUAUUGUUGCACACGACUACACUUCCUCUGUUUUCCCAUAUUUCGUCAAGUGGAGAAAGGAAUUCGGUCCAAUUUACACAUAUUCCACGGGGACGAGACAGCACUUGUAUGUAAACCAAGCAGAGCUAGUGAAAGAAAUGAACCAAUGCAUUAGUUUGUGUUUAGGUAAGCCUUCUUAUAUAGCAAAGAGACUGGCACCUUUGCUCGGCAAUGGCAUUUUGAGAUCCAAUGGCCUCGUUUGGGCGCAGCAGAGGAAAAUCAUUGCCCCCGAGUUCUUCAUGGACAAGGUAAUGGUGGGGCUAAUGGUGGAGUCCAUGCAACCGCUUGUAAGAAAAUGGGAGGACAGCAUUGAGUCCCAAGGUGGAGUGGUGGCAGACAUUAGAGUGGAUGAAGAUUUGAGGGGCUUCACAGCAGAUGUCAUCGCUAGAGCUUGUUUUGGGAGCUCUUAUUCUAAAGGGAAAGAGAUCUUUUCCAAGCUUAGGGAACUUCAAACAACCAUUUCCAGGCAAAGCUUCCUUUUCGGAGUUUCAGGCUACGGACUUCUAUCGAUGAAGAAGGAAAAUCAGAUACAUAGUUUGGAGAGAGACAUCGAGUCAUUAAUAUGGGAAACAGUGAAAGAGCGCGAAAGAAAAUGCAAAGAGGCACAUUCGUUAGAGAAGGAUUUAUUGCACCUGAUACUAGAAGGGGCCUUGAAUGACCAAAGUCUUGGUAAGGAUUCAUCCAAGAGCUUCAUAGUUGAUAAUUGUAAAAAUAUAUACUUUGCCGGCCAUGAGUCUACUGCCGUUGCUGCAUCUUGGUGUCUCAUGCUGCUUGCAUUGCAUCCCGAGUGGCAAUCUCGUGUUCGAACAGAAGUGGCUGAAGUUUGUGGAGACAACAUGCCAGAUGCAGACUCCAUUGCCCUCCUGAAAACUGUAACCAUGGUGGUUCAAGAAGCUCUGCGUUUAUAUCCACCGGCGGCAUUUGUGUCAAGGGAGGCCCUUGAUGAGAUCCGACUUGGGAAUGUGACUAUUCCCAAGGGAGUAUGCUUAUGGACUCUGAUACCAACUCUGCAUAGGGACAUUGAGAUUUGGGGUUCAGAUGCAAAUGAGUUCAAGCCAGAUAGGUUCAGUGGUGGGGUUUCUAAAGCUUGCAAGUAUCCCCAAGCCUAUAUUCCAUUCGGAGUGGGUCCUCGGUUGUGCUUGGGCAGAAACUUGGCAAUGGUUCAGUUAAAAAUUGUGCUUACCCUCAUAAUCUCCAAGUUUACGUUCUCUCUAUCGCCAAAGUAUCGACAUUGUCCUUCUUAUAGAAUGAUAGUAGAGCCUGGGAAUGGUGUACAUAUUCUGAUUCAGAACAUCUAAUACAUUUGAGGACUACAUGGCGAACUUGGAAGUGGCUCAGCCACUAGGUUUAGCUACCUUUAAGGAUCCACCAGUUGGGGCAGUGCCAAUCCUGCUGGUAGAUGUGAAGCUAGGACAAUGAUGUUGCAAACUGUUUUGAUCUCUUACAACAAAAAAUAAAAAUAUAAC